UUUUUUUUUUGUACAUAGACAUAUUUUUUUUUAGCUUCCCCUUGCCUAAUAAAUAAUAAAAAGCUGUUCAGAAAUGAAUCCACCUAAUGACAACACGCAUCCGGAAGAUCCUCAUUGGACAAAUCCAAAUAGUUUUUCUCAUCAUUAUUUACAACAGCCACAUCCAGCUUUUAAUAAUGGACAGCCUUUAUUAAAUUCUAUCUAUAUAAGUAAUGUACCACUCUUAUCUCCACAACAGCAGCAGCAACAACAACAACAACAGCAACAACAGCAACAACAGCAACAGCAGCAGCAGCAGCAACAACAACAGCAACAACACCAACAACAGCAACAACAUUUAGACGAACAUGGUCAACCUAUCAGGAUACGCAAGAAGCCUGGACGAAAACCUAACCCCGCCUCUCCUGCUUUACGUAAAGCCCAAAAUCGAGCAGCACAGAGAGCCUUCCGUGAGCGUAAAGAACGCCACCUAAAGGAUUUGGAGAAUACAAUACGCCAACUAAAGGAACAACGAAGCAGCAUACAUAAAGAACUCAAUCGAACAAAACGCAAAUUGGAUGCAUUUCGUGCAGAGAAUUGGUAUUUAAAGGGCGUUGUACUUACAUUACAAUUUGUGUGUCUUUAUCAUAAUAUUCAUAUUCCAACACAUUCACCUUAUCUUACUGAAGAAGUUUUGAGCGAGAUGGCAAAGUCAACCCCUCACGCCAUUGAAGCCUACGUUAAUGCAUAUACAAAAAAUAAUAUUAAUCUGAAACCUACAAUGGUUGCUCAUUUUGCUAAUGAAGCUAAUGAUAAUGAUGAUGAAAUUAAAGAUACAGCAACACAGUUUGCGUCUUCACCGAAAAAAUAUGAUGCCUCAGAAAAAGAGGGAUUAUUAGGUGAGGACAAUACGAUGAUGGAAGGUAGUGAGUUAGAAGAGAAGAGCAUGUCGCAGAUGGAAGCAGCAGUCACUCCAUCCUCAGAUGACUUUAGUCAUCUUCCUUCUCCCAAUUCAUCGUCUUACCAAGUUAAAAUUGAACAAGUAGAAGACAACGAGGAAGAAGAAGAAGAAGAGGGAAAAAAAGUACAACAACUGAAUGAGAAAAAUGAGCAAGAAAAUAGCAUUAGUGCUAUUCAACGAAUUCGACUUCAGUUACGAGUUCAAUCUACUUUAUCAAACUUAGGUAAAUCCGCUGCGCGUUUACAGCCUACAAUUUUACAAUUAGCUAUACCCCAUGAUCCACGAAUCGAUUUAAUACCCACACCUCAUAUGAGAGAUCGUAUGAUUAUAUUUAGAGAUCUUAUGGAUUAUGACCGUUGCUUUGCCAUGUUGCUUAAUGGUGCUCUUUAUCAUGGAGGAGACCCUACCAUGAGUGCAAGUUGGGAAUUACCGGCUGAAUUCUUUUCAGAAUUUUGGUAUCUUGCUACUAAUUAUGAUGUAAGUCGUACCAAUACAUGGAGACGAUUAAAAGGGUUACCAGAAAUCAAUCCUAAAGAAACAUUGCAACAAAGAGAAGUUAAUAAGGAAACAGCUAAAUGUAAUUGGGCGCAACAAGCUACUGCUCCAUCUCCUUCAGAUAUUCUAGAACAACAACAACAACAACAUCAUAAUAAUAAUAAUUCAUUUACUAAUUCACCUCAACACGCUACUCAUAAUCAAUAUAACAAUACAGUCUGGACGGACACGCUAUUUACGCAAUUAACAGAAGGCAUGCCGACCUUACAGCCUUUAGAUUCCAAUCAUUUAUCAGGUGGAUUUGAUUUUGGCUCGCCACCUUCAGUAUACAUGUUUGAUAACUUUUUUCUACAUCGUCCUCCUCAUACUACUGAGGAAGGUGGCCAUCAUUUAUUUGAACAACUUAUGGGUCCUUCAAACGAAACAAGACAGGAAAGAUCAUCAAGUUUAGGUGUCAUGAUGGAGCUUAUGGAUUCAUUAUCUACUGAUAUGUCAUCUUCAAAACAGUAGUAAGUAUAUGCGUACAUAUGCUUGCAUUUAAUACUAUUUGGUGUAAAUAAUGUAUGUUAUCGUGUUUUAAAUAAUCAUUGCUGUAUC